UUUUUUUUUUUUGUCCCGUUAUUUUCGGGCGACUUCAUGUCGCGUUAUUGUUGAAAUUCGUAAAUUUGUUUAGUUUUGUUUCAUUUGUGUGACAGUGAAGAAGUGAAGAAAUGUCUAUAAUAAAAAAACAAUUUGUGUCACCCCUUGCACCCCAGAACGCAAUACUUCAAACUGACGAAAAUAAAAAAUCAGAAAUGGCCCGAAUAGAAGAUAUUGAGAAAAACAUUAAACUACUAAAUGAUAAAUUUGAUACAUGUAUAAAUGUACUGACCAAAAUUGAAAUAAAACUAGAUACUCUAUUGACACAGGAUUGGAAAAAAAUAUACUUUCCCAUACAAAAUGAGGCAGAUCUCCACAAAGUUGAGAAAAAAAUUGGGGAAGACUUCGCUUCGUUUAUACCCAUCAUGGAAAGAAUAUUGUUUCCUUCUGGAGUUGUAAAAAACUUAUGUAGAGUACUUUCCGAAGAAUUGAUUAUGAACUAUAACUUUGAAGGAAUAAAAGGAAAAAUGGCUUUUAAGUCCUUUGAAAAUAUAAAUAAGUUAAUGUAUGGUAAGUAAAAUUGUUGAAAUUUUCUACAUUAAAUACUUUUAAAAUAUACAUAUUAAUACAUAUAUUAUUUAUUGCAGAGGUGUCAAGGAGGGAAGGAUACGACGAGAAGGAAUAUAAGAAGGAUGUCAAAAAGGCAUUCCAUUUGAUAAAAUUAAGGCAGUUUAAGAAAGCACAGCUCGCCAAAAAACGUAGCGAGAAAUAAGAAUUUAUUUAAACA